AUUCCUUUUCUCCCACACUUUUUUACCCUCCUCAUUUCUCUCUUUCCAAGGACAGAACACCCAAGCCAAGCAAAGCAAGAAACCUCAAGCAAGCAGCUCACAAAGCAAGCUAAGCUAGAGCAGGUCCAGCAGGACAACAAGAUGGGCACUAUGGUGGGACAUGUGGCACCUGGAUUUGGCUUCUUCCUAAUUGGGCUCUGGCAUUUAAUCAACCAUGUCAGGCUUCACUCUCUCCAUCCAAAAUCCUACACAUCUUUGCCAUGGUUUCCCACUUCAAAAAUCAGGUACUUGGAACAUUUCUUGAUCAUGGGAGGCUGCCUUGCCUCAAUAUCCAUGGAGCUCUUCAUUGGUCCACACAGGCACCAACCAUUGGACACUGAUGGCACCAUCCCAUCAUACCACCUUCACAACUUUGAGCACUCAAACAUAUCCUUGACUUUCUUUGUCUAUUCACUUUUCUCCAUCAUUCUUGACAAAAUCCAGCCCCCAGCCCAUUAUAGCCUAACUCUAAUGCUAGGAGCCAUUGCUUUUGGCCAGCAAUUUCUCCUCUUCCACCUCCACUCCGCUGAUCACAUGGGUGUGGAAGGGCAAUACCACUGGCUUCUGCAAAUUGUCAUUUUUGUCUCACUUUUGACCACCCUUUUAGGCAUAGGUUACCCCAAGAGUUUCUUGAACAGUUUCAUAAGGUCUCUCAGCAUCUUGUUCCAAGGAAUUUGGCUGAUGGUCAUGGGAAUCAUGCUUUGGACACCAGAGUAUAUUCCCAAAGGGUGUUUCAUAAACGAAGAGGGUCAUAAAGUUGUCAGAUGCCAAAAUCAUGAAGCCCUUGAAAGAGCCAAGUCACUAGUGAAUAUUGAGUUCAGCUGGUACCUGGUUGGAGUCACAAUUAUUGGUAUGUGUGUUUACUUGGCACUCUACAGAAUGUUCCCUGAGAUAGUUGAGUACCAAUCUUUAACAAAAUUUGAGGAUCAAGAACUGGAAGAUGAUGAUUUGGAGGCUCAAAAAAGGAACAAAGUUGGAGGGACCAAGGCAAGUUUUCUUCCUCUGGGAAAGUCAUUGGAACUGACUGACAUGGAAAGGUAGUAGAAGUAGAGGGGAAACAGGGGAAGAAAAGAAAAGGGAAGAAGAGGGGAAAUUUGAUUGUUAGAGUUGUAAAAAGAUUAGAUUAGUUGGUGUGUGUCCACUUUGUUUGAUUAAGCCUACAAUAAUAUUGGCUUAGUAAAAACCAGAGUUUGAGGGACCAAAAAAGGGAAAAGGGGAGGAAAAAGUUUGUGGUGUGAUAUUAUUGUUUGGUUUGCUUUUAGUUGAGACUAAAUUUGGUGUCUUCUAUUUGUUGUAAAGUACAAAGGAGGAAAAAAAAGAGUUGCUUAU